AUGGCUAUCACUUCUGACUCUCCACAGGCGAGCUCAGAUCAGAUUUUGUACGGGUGUGUUUUGAGUCGAGAGACAUAUCAUGCUUUCCGUAAACACAGCGGGAAGUUGCAGAGUGCUUUGGAGACCUUGACAUGGGACCGCUACUGUGAUGGAGGGGGAGACCUCUACAAUCAAAAAAGGUGGACGGAACUGCUGUCGAGUCUCUAUAACAUAGCGGGCGUGGCAGGCCGGUACGUUUGCCGCUCUACUAUCAAACGCGGUGUGCCGAGUCAGGGCAAGAGCAACACUUACACACACGAAGGAUUUUGUUUGCCGGUAAUCCGGGAGGAGUUUACUGACCUAGAUUUCAAGCGGUGUUACUACGACAUAGUGCUGAAUGACGAACCCGGUGGUGAUGCGGGGUGCAACAUGCUUUGUGUACGCGAUACCUGCGGUAAGGCUCUGGGCAAGCUGGUUCAGAGAUAUGCUGGCAAUGACGAUAUUUUCCAAGAGGCGCGGGUCUUGUUGAAGUCUGCAAAGGGCGAAGAGACAGGUGCAGUGUUUGCGUUUACGUUCCUCGUUACGCUGCAGACGGCAAUGCUGAUCGGACACAUUGUGGACAGUCCGCAUUUGGUUAUGAGUGCGAAAAUGGCGAUGGUAGGAGUGGGUACCAGGUUGUUUGAGACUAUCAAUGGUUGCUAG